UAUUUGAAGUUGGCGCCACAGCGUGUGAACUACCGUAGCUGCUCUUGCUGCCGCUAGGCGGCUCCACUAGUCAACGAUCCUUCCUCCAUCGGCCAACAGGCCACAAAGAGAUUCAAGAUGGUGCGGUAUAGCGCCCAGCCAGAGAACACGACUAAGUCGUGCAAAGCUAAGGGAUCCAACUUACGAUGCAGUUUCAAGAACACGUGUGAAACUGCCAAUGCCAUCAAUAAAAUGACUCUUGCUCGGGCAGUCCGUUACCUGAAGAAUGUGGUUGCCAAGAAGGAGUGUGUUCCCUUCCGAGUAUACAAUGGUGGUGUUGGGCGAUGUGCACAGGCCAAGGCUUGGGGUUUGUCCCAGGGAAGAUGGCCAAAAAAGAGUGCCCGCUUUCUUUUGGAUUUACUGAAGAAUGCGGAGAGCAAUGCCCAGUACAAGGGUUUAGAAGUUGACCACCUGGUGAUUGAGCACAUCAUGGUACAACGAGCACGUCAAAUGCGUCGCCGCACUUACCGUGCUCAUGGUCGUAUCAAUCCAUUCAUGUCCUCGCCUUGCCACAUUGAAGUCAUCCUGGCUGAGAAGGAGCAGGUUGUGGCCAAAGCUCAAGAUGAGCCUGUAAAGAAGAAGGUUUCUAAGAAAAAACUAGCUCGCCAGAAACUCAUGGCUGCUAGGGAAUAAUUUGUAACAUCAUAAUAAAAAAAAAGCCUA